UUUGAACAGGAAAAGUAAGAAGAAGGACAAUUGAGAAGGAUUUCGUUCCAAGGUUGGUUUGGUGUAUUUGCUGGCGCUGUUCUUCAACGACAAUCCUACAUGUUCAACUUUGUCAUGUUUUGAACCUUCUUAUUUACUCCUCUUUGAAUUUCUUUUGUUUUUCCAUUCAUGGGAUUCUUCAGUCUUCCACCUGAUCAAACGGCCAAAAAAAGAUUGCAAAUUUAGAAGAAAGAAGAAGAAGAAGAACAAGAAGAACAAGAAGGGAAAAAAAUAAUAAUAAUAGUUAAAAAAAAAAAGAAAAACCAGAAGAGGAAGAAUUGGAGGAAGGAUAUCAUAUUCAUGUCUAACAAGAAAACAGAACCAUGGCGCAUGGCGUUGUUCUCAUUCUCAAUCCUAAUAGCAGUAGGGACUGUAGUAACCGGAGAUUCUCUGGAAAAAGACAAAGAAGUUCUUCUAAGGCUUAAGGCUUUUCUUCAAGAGCACAAUCGGAUAAACCAAGGAAAAUACUCAGAAUGGAAUCAGACCACAGACCCAUGUAAAUGGCAUGGAAUUUCAUGUAAUGGCAGCAGGGUUUCUUCAAUCGUUCUUUCAGAGAACUCCAUUGCCGGCGAGAUUUUCCCAAACUUCUCCGAGCUCACUGCACUUUCUCAUCUUGACCUUUCCACAAACACCCUCGGUGGAACCAUUCCCGAGGACCUGAGUCGAUGCCAGAGCCUCAAAUUCCUCAAUCUCUCCCAUAAUAUUCUUGAAGGAAAGCUUAACUUAUCUGGGUUGCAUCAAUUGGAAAUUCUUGAUUUGUCUGUCAAUAGAAUUCUUGAUGAUAUCGGGUCAAGCUUCCCGGCAAUUUGCAACAAAUUGGUUGUUGCAAAUUUGUCUUCUAAUAAUUUUACUGGGAAGAUUGAUAACUGUUUUGAAGGAUGUUUAAAUUUGAGGUACUUGGAUUUGAGUGCUAACUCUUUGUUUGGGGAUAUAUGGGUUGGUUCUGCAACGCUUACAGAGUUUUCAGUAUCUGAAAACAAGCUGAGUGGGACUCUUUCACCCUCAAUUUUCACUCAGAAUUGUAGUUUGCAGGUUUUGGACUUGUCAGAGAAUAAGUUUGAUGGUGUAGUUCCUGGAGAGAUUUCCAACUGCCGGAAUUUGUUCAUUCUGAAUCUGUUUGGUAACAAUUUUAAUGGGGAAAUUCCGGCCGAGAUUGGAAACAUUUCGAGUCUAGAAGCUUUGUUCUUGGGAAGCAACAAUUUUUCCAGAGAGAUUCCAGAGAGCCUGUUGGACUUGAAAAAGUUGACCUUCUUGGAUUUGAGCAAGAACAACUUUAGAGGUGACGUGCAAGAGAUUUUUGGAAAAUUUAGGCAGGUGAAGUUUCUGGUGUUGCAUGGGAAUUCAUACACCGGAGGUAUAAUUACCUCAGGAAUCCUCAAUCUGCCUAACAUUUCCAGGUUGGACCUGAGCUACAACAAUUUUUCGGGUCCUUUACCAGUUGAAAUCUCUAAAAUGCUAAGUUUGGAGUUCGUGAUGCUUGCAUUCAAUCAGUUUAAUGGUACAAUACCAGCAGAGUUCGGAAACUUGGCACGCCUUCAAGCACUAGACCUCUCCUUCAACAAUCUAGCUGGGUCUAUUCCAGCUUCACUUGGAAAGUUGAGCUCUCUCUUGUGGUUGAUGCUUGCAAACAAUAACCUAUCAGGUUCAAUUCCAAAGGAGCUGGGGAAUUGCAGCAGCUUGUUAUGGCUUAACCUCGCAAACAACAGGCUCAGCGGAAAAAUCCCUUCAGAAUUGACCAAUAUUGGGAGAAAUGCUACACCAACUUUCGAAUCAAAUUCCAACGAUAAUGACAAGAUCAUUGCUGGAUCUGGGGAGUGCUUGGCAAUGAGGAGGUGGAUUCCUGCAGAUUACCCUCCAUUCAGUUUUGUAUAUACCAUCCUCACAAGGAAGAGUUGUAGAAGCAUUUGGGAUAGGUUACUUAAAGGAAUUGGGCUAUUCCCUAUAUGUGCUCCUGGUUCAGCAGUCCGAACGUUUCAGAUUUCUGGUUAUGUUCAACUAAGUGAGAAUCUUCUGACAGGUGAAAUCCCUUCAGAGAUUGGAAAGAUGCACAAAUUCAGUAUGUUGCAUUUGGGAUUCAAUAAGUUCUAUGGUGAGCUCCCUUCAGAGGUUGCCCAGUUGCCACUUGUAGUCUUUAAUAUCACUAAGAAUAACUUCUCUGGUGCAAUUCCUGAGGAACUUGGGAUUGUUAAGUGUAUGCAGAAUCUUGAUAUGUCCUACAAUAACUUCUCAGGAAUAUUCCCUGUCAGCUUGAGCAACUUAACUGAGCUUAGCAAAUUCAACAUCUCAUAUAAUCCACUCAUCUCUGGUGUAAUUCCUUCAACUGGGCAAUUGGCAACUUUUGAUAAAUAUUCCUAUUAUGGUAAUCCCCUCCUUGUUCUUCCAGAUUUUAUCAGUAACUCCACGAAUAAGCCACAUACAAAUCCGAAUGGCAAGCCGAAAAAGCCUUCGAAUUUCACUGUUUUUUUGGUGUUCCUAGUUCUUGUAUUGGCCUUCUUGGUCUGUGGAGUUUUGUCCCUCAUAAUCUUUUUGAUGCUAAAGGGCCCAAUAGAGCCAACAGGGUAUCUCUUGCAGGAUGUAAAAUACAAAAACGAAUUUGCUUCGAGUUCAAGCAGUUCAUCACCAUGGUUAUCAGACACGGUGAAGGUCAUUCGUUUGGACAAAACAGCGUUUACACAUUCAGACAUUUUACAAGCUACAGGAAAAUUUUCAGAAAAGAGGAUUAUUGGGAAAGGAGGGUCUGGAACAGUGUACAGAGGAUUAUUGCCUGAUGGAAGGCAAGUAGCUGUGAAGAAGCUUCAAAGAGAAGGAAUUGAGGGUGAAAGGGAAUUCCGAGCUGAAAUGGAGGUUCUUAGUGGAAAUGGCUUUGGCUGGCCUCACCCAAAUCUUGUCACACUUUAUGGCUGGUGCCUUGAUGGAUCAGAGAAAAUAUUGGUAUAUGAGUACAUGGAAGGUGGAAGUUUGGAGGACCUUAUAUCCGACAGGCUGAGACUAUCUUGGCGGAGACGAAUAGAUGUUGCAAUUGAUGUUGCGCGUGCCUUGAUGUUCCUACACCAUGAGUGCUACCCUCCCAUUGUACACCGUGAUGUGAAGGCUAGCAAUGUCCUGCUCGAUAAGGAUGGGACGGCUAGAGUUACAGAUUUCGGCCUGGCUAGAGUUGUAGAUGCAGGGGAUAGUCAUGUGAGCACAAUGGUGGCUGGAACUGUUGGUUAUGUUGCACCAGAAUAUGGCCAGACAUGGCAUGCCACAACAAAAGGUGAUGUAUAUAGUUAUGGUGUACUGGCAAUGGAGCUGGCCACCGGGAGGCGAGCAGUAGAUGGAGGAGAAGAGUGCUUAGUGGAAUGGGCUAAACGGGUAAUGGGAAAUGGACGAUAUGGAUUUAGCCGAGCUGUGAUGCCAGUUGUUCUUCUGGGGUCUGGUCUGGUUGAAGGGGCAGAGGAGAUGUCUGAGCUGCUGAAGAUUGGCAUAAAAUGCACGGCUGAAUCACCUCAGGCUAGACCAAACAUGAAGGAGGUUUUAGCUAUGCUGAUAAAGAUAGUAAGCCCACAAGGGGACCUUAAUUAUGGCUCAUCUCCUCCAUGAUGAUUAAGAUUUUGAGAUUUUGAGAAAUUGUUCAUUAUGAUAUUGUGUUAUAUAGUUUUAUACAAAAAUAGCUUAGAAUGUUAUAGUUCAUUACUUGUGUAAUUCUUCUUGUAUACAGAAACAUUCAUCAUUCAUUAAGCUGAAAAUAGUUACUCGAUUUUGCUGAUGAAAA